UGUACUUUUACGCACGAGCGAUUUGGGUUUUUACGCACGGCGCGUCGUGCUUCAUUUUGGGGGGCAUUUAUUUAUUUGUUUAUUUAUUACAUUUGUUUCGCGUUUUGAACUUUGCCAUGACACUCUCCGGUCAAUAUGAAUCUUCCUCACGCGCCGACUUGCCUCUGGAGGAGGUCGAGAUCGACAUCGUCGGCGAGGACGAACCGGAGCCUGCGGGCCGUUACGCCGAGUUGGACUCCUCCGGGGCGGACUCCUCCGCGGAGAGCGAGAGCAGUUUCUGCUCCGGGAAGGCCGGUGGGGGGAGCCUGUUGAAGCCUCCUUACUCCUACAUCGCCCUCAUCACCAUGGCGAUCCUGCAGAGCCCCAUGAAGAAGCUCACCCUGAGCGGCAUCUGCGACUUCAUCAGCAACAAGUUCCCCUACUACCGGGACAAGUUCCCGGCUUGGCAGAACUCCAUCCGGCAUAACCUGUCCCUCAACGACUGCUUCGUCAAGAUCCCCAGGGAGCCGGGCAACCCCGGGAAGGGCAACUACUGGUCCCUGGACCCGGCCUCGGAAGACAUGUUCGACAACGGCAGCUUCCUAAGGCGCAGGAAGCGAUUCAAGAGGAACCAGCCCGAGUUGGGGAAGGAUGGACUCGUGUUCUACUGCCGGCCUUUCGGGCAACCGUACCCGGUGCAGAGGCGCGUCAACCCGGCCGCGGUGAGCUACGCGCCCAUGCGGGACGGUGUCAUGAUGCCUCCGUCGUCCUAUCACUUGUUGCCGCAUUCUCGGAGUGACCGCACAGGACCCAAAGACUUGAGCACCACAGAAACGCCCGAGCCCACAAGCGCGCAGGCUAAGUGCGCCUUCAGCAUAGACUCCAUCAUGAGCAAACCGGCUCCCACCACUGGGGGUCCCCUACACCAGAACCCUCUCGCCUUCCCCAAUUUAAUGUUGAACCACGCGGCCUGCUUUGUCCCCACACUCCUGCAGAACCCCAGAACUCCUUUUGCGCCCCAUGCCAUGUUGAGUGCUUCCCCCCUAAUAACCGAACAACUAAGACGUUCCUAUUCACACUGCUGACGUGUUAUUAUUACUAGUACUAUGCCGACUUGUUGUUGUUGUUGUUGUUGUUCUUCUUCUUCUUAUGUUUAAUGGUGUCAUUGUUCUAAGACACUUGUUGCUCAUUUCUUAAAGAAAUAUUUGGACUGCAUGAUAUUUAUGUUGACACAAUCCUGAGGGGAUUCCUACAUCGCUUAAGCCAGUGGUCCUCAAACCUUUUACACAAACUACCACCUCAAAAAAUAAUGAGCCCUGCAUGUCCCGCCAUCAUGACCAAUAUUUAAAUACACUAGUGUAGUAGGCCUAAGCUGUCAUCAAAAACGAGACAGAGGUUUUAUAUGAGAAGUACACGUUUUGGAAAGACUUCUCCAUUCAACUGCACGAGAAAGCCUUUCAAAGCUUUUGACUGGUAGUGAAUAUUUAAUAUGAAUGUAAGCCACUGUAGCAUUGUGUUUGAACAGUUUGAACAUUAACACUAUGCUUAAUGGUAGGGGAACAAUAAGAAUUCUAUUGAAAUAUAUUGUACAUAUGAGAUUUUAGAAGUGCCUAAAUAAAUGUUUAAAAAGAAAAAGUUCUGAAAGAUGACAUGGUAAUUCUUCAACAUAAAAAAAUCAAUACAAGUGAACUGUAAUUAGGCAGCGGUUGUUUUACAUAGAGUGCCCACCGACCACACUUUUACAAUCACUGGCUUAAAGCAAUGUAAAUAAGAUUCAGUGAUCUGUUGCAAUUAUGCUGGAUGAUGACUUGUUCCUAAUUAUCCCACGAAAUAAAUAUUACAACUGUGAAAAUAAAUCUUUUGGUUACUUCGUACUAUAUGCGUGUCUGUUUGCAGAGGUGGCACACUCACACUAUGAAGUAGUGCAGAUACUUGUGCAAAAAAACAGAAAAGGACUGGUAAAAAGUAGAAGUUUUGAUUCAGGUAAUUUGCCUAAUUAUCCAUCUAUGUUUUAAAUUCUAUGCGAUGAAAUACACUUACAUAUCAGCGAAAUGAAUGUCCUCUACGGUAUUAUUGAAAUACAGUACUCUUUUGUAUUCGCUUUCAAAAUAAUAGUACAUGAAGUUUGUAAAACAGUUUCCUCACUUGGCCACAAGAUGCCGCCAUUGACCAACUGUUGGUGCACAGCUUUUUUGUCUUACUUAAUUCAUUUAUUUUAUUGAAAAGAAAGCACUGCAUUUCAGUAUUA